UAGAGAUCAGCACAUCGACUUUCGAUUGAUAUUUUUUGGCUGCGGGUUGGCACAUGAGUCAGAUUAAUAUUUUGCUUUUGUUCAUGCAGUUCAGUUCAAUUCAGAUACUCGCCCUAAUAAGUUAAACUCUAAUGUGCGUACUUACGUGUGAAGCAGUUAAGGAAAAUGUGCAAACAUACAGCAACACAUAUAUGUGUGUGGAUGUAGUGAAGAGUGCUAGCAUUAAUCGCAUUUUUCCCUUGCACGACGACUAGAAAAUACUCGACACGUUUGUCUGUGUCUGUUUCCGUUUCUGUUUGGCCUAGUGAAAAGCAAAAUUGAUAUUGUUGUGUAAGUUAUAUCUAGCAUUGAAAAGAUGAAAAGUGUCAUUCCUAUAAAUACACUUCCUCGGCAAAGGAAGUCGCAUUAGAUAAAGGCACACAAAACAACCACAAAGGAACGGCGUCAAGCGAAAACGCCAGACUUUGGAGUAGGGCUGAGCUAAAAAGUAUAGUGCGCAGCCAUCAUCACAUCAUCAUGACUAACUCACCACCCAAAACGCCAGCCCAUGUACAGAAAAUCGAUAUUCUAGUCGCGCUGUAACGCUGUAACGCUGGGUAGCGCCUACCUGAAAAAAAACCCCAGACAGGCGAGACAUUAGUAUACCGAAAAACCUCUUCCGCUAAUGGUCUACAUAUCUAGCUAAUAUAGCAAAUGCCUAUACAUAUCAUGCCGAUAUAGCUAUAGCAUCCGCAAAAAAAAAAACAAAACAAACCAUCUGUGAUACGCGUGUACCUAAAAAAAAUAAACAGUUUUGCAAAAUGAACUAACUUAGCAACGAUCGAGGGUAUCUCACUGGGAAAUUAACAAUGCGUCUUGUCCGCAGUAAAUGCUGUCAACGUGAUGUAUCCGACUAUUUGAACACCCCUCAUCCAUCGUCCACAAACACCGAAGUCCACACCAAAAAUAUAUUUACGCGCUACUGGGACGACCACAUAAAAAUGAAGGAAUCAAGCGAGGAAAAGUCCAGGGGCAAGAGCUCAUCCCAAUCAUCAUCUUUAACACCACCACCACCUGCCAAACAAACCCAGAGCGUUACAUUCGUGAGGACCAAUAAUGCACCAGCUGUUUGUGACGCCAACGGGAAUGGGAACUCGACUCCAACGGAGUGGACAUUUCCCCCAAAAGCGCCCACUCCGCAUAUCUACAAUUGCCUGAGUCCCGACAUGAUGGCCUCAAGUGAUAAAAGCAGCUUUAAAGGAUUUCGCAAGCAAUUUAGUGGACGGUUUAAGCGCUUAGUUACUCGAAAAGUGGAACACACUCCAGUGAUACCUCCAGAAUUGAAGCCGCAACUUAAAACAAUAUACGUUUACUAACUUAAGAUGUAACGACGAUUGCAAGCACAAGUGUUUUCCCCAUUAUAUACGUACUCGAUCAGUGUUGCGUAUAUAUAUGGCAGGGAACCAUUAGUGAUAGGAAAAGCAAGAUAAACUAAGUUAUCAUAAUACCAUUCUGAUUGACAAUUUUAAGUAUUCAGCGAUUCGUGCGUAUUGUUAGGCUCAAUAAAAAGAACAUUUCAUAAGACAAACAA